AUGGUUGAUGCACAAGCGGCAAUAUCAAUAACACGUGGAGGAAAUGCCACUGAAGAAGCCUUUUUUAAUAGGAUAUUUCCGGAGCGUAAUUCCGGAAUGCGUUUCAAUUUUGAUAAUAUCCGAGAAUUUCUUCAUGAUCCACUUAUUGCAAUCAUUGCAACCGAUUUAACAGCUGAUGAAAAUUUGGACAAUAUUGAAAUGGUUCUAAAACGAAUAGGUCGUGAAAAAUCCGAAAAGUCAUCAUCCGUAGUAGAGGAAACUACGUCAGGUGUGCAUAAAUUUUUAUUGCUUUCAAAAGAAUCCACUGAAGAAGCUACACAAUAUGAAACUUCUUCAGGAGAAAUUUCAUCGGAACAUAUAUCAACCAUUCAUUCAAUACCAAAUUUAUGUCGCGAGAUACUUUGGAGAGAGCCACAAAUACCUGAACCAUUUCUGCUACCUGGUUUACAUUGCGAGAAGCGAUUAGUAUGGAGGAUGUUGCAGGAAUGUUUUUGCACUGAACUUCUAUUUUAUAUCAUUCAUUGA